AUGUCUGCAUCUACCACUCCACGCGGUCCCCCUGACGUCUCGGCGAUGAAGACGCGCAUCAUCACCCACAUGAACGCAGAUCAUCAGCUUUCCCUUCGUCUCUACCUACAACACUACUCCCAUGUCCCUUCGCCCGGUACUGCCUCGGCUCAAAUGUUGGAUAUCACCACAGAACACAUGAUUAUCUCGUCAGCCUACGGACGACAUGUUAUUCAGUUUGAGCCUCCCAUGAAAAGCCUGAUGGAAGCCCGGGAGAGACUCGUCACGAUGCAUGAACUCUGCCUCAAGCAACUAGAUUUGUCUGCCAUCGUGGUGAGCAAGGAACACAGGAUCCUGCCGCGGGCCGCUGCUCUGUUUCGCAAACAUGUCCUCGGCGUCUUUUCCGAGUUCUCCUUCAUCAACUGGCACUACUUCUACUUCAUCGUCACAUGUUUGGUGUCUAGUCUCAUUUUCUGGGGCUCGUCCACCCCAGCAAAGUCGGUGUCCUAUGUCGACAGUCUCUUUCUGUGCGUUUCGGCCAUGACUGAGGCCGGCUUGAACACCGUCAAUCUCUCGGAGCUGAAUACCUGGCAGCAGAUCAUGCUGUUUCUUCUCAUCAUCUUCGGCUCGGCGAUAUUCGUCUCAUCGUCCAUUCUCCACAUAAGGAAACGAGCCUUUGAGAAGAAAUUUGCAGAACUUGCAGAGCGGCGGAUAAAUCGCCUCCACAGGCCUCGAACAUUGACUUUCUCAUUAUCGAGAAGAGAUCAUGUCCAUGACAACGAACGCGAGGCUGCCGUGGCCUCUGGCGCCAUUCGUGGGCGCCCUGUGUCAAAUUUCAACAAGGAGGAUGAGCACAAAUCCUCGUCUAGAUCGCGAGAACGUCCAGAAGCCGUCGGGACGCAUGCAGACAUACCGCGCAAUUCGUCAGCAGAUGGGACGAUCGCUGGAAGCACCUCCAACGAUCCCAUUGCGAGCCACAUCAGGUUCAAAGUCCAACACCCACCUAGUGAAUACACCGAGACUCGGGCCCGGAAUAUCCGCCAAAGUACAAGUUUCUUCGAGGGAAGAGGUGUUGGUGCGCGGAGGCUCGACAAUCAUCCGCGCAAUACGCAGCCUUUUGAAUUCCCGUAUUCGGUGCCAGAAUCGGCCAUCGAGGACGACCUUCCCUCUGAGGGUCCACUAGCAAAUAAGCUCAACAAAUACCUCGACACCCUCCAUGGGUAUCUUGGGAGGAACUCACAGUUCCACCAUCUCAGCGAGAGGGAGAGAAAAAUGCUGGGGGGCAUCGAAUACGAUGCAAUCCGCUUGCUUUCCUGGCUUGUGCCAACCUAUUUUGUGCUGUUUCAGCUCUUCGGCGCGCUUGGUGUCGGCGCCUGGCUCACCGCUAACCGUCCCAGUACGACGCAGGAGAAUGGUCUCAACCCUUACUGGACUGGAGCCUUUUUCGCUAUUAGCGCAUUCAACAACAGCGGCAUGGCUCUCCUAGAUGCCAACGCCGUCGCUCUGAACCGGAGUUACUACUGCCUCCUGACGCUUAGUUUGCUCAUCCUGGCGGGAAAUACCCUGUUUCCUCCUUUUCUGCGAGGCAUACUGUGGGUGUUCAAAAAGCUAAUUCCAGAAGAUCAUCCCUCGCCAGACUGGCAGAGACGAAGGCGCACCAUUCAAUUCUGCCUUGACCAUCCGCGAAGGGUUUACACGAACUUGUUCCCGAGCGCGGCGACAUGGUGGUUGGUGGCCUCGGUGGUUGUUCUGAACACUAUUGACUGGGUUGCGUUCGAAUUGCUCAAUAUUGGCAAUGAGGUGGUAGACUCACUCCCAACAGGAUUUCGAAUUGUUGCGGGAUUAUUUCAAGCCUUUGCUGUGAGGAGUGGCGGAUUCUAUGUCGUCUCCAUACCAGGCCUGCGUUCCGGGCUGCUAGUCCUCUACGUUCUCAUGAUGUAUCUGAGCGCCUUUCCGGUCACGAUGACAAUCCGAAACACGAAUGUUUACGAAGAGAGGUCGCUGGGCAUCUUCGCGGACGAACUGCCAAUCUAUCAAGAGAACGACGAUGCUGCGCGAGAGAACAAGAAGACAGGAUUUCUGAGUGGUCUCCGACGGACCAUCACAAUGACACAUGGCGGCCCAUCAGCCAACACUCCUGUUUGGACUCGGCAAGAUUUUGUCCGACUCCAAUUGCGAUCCCAAUUGGGCCACGACUUGUGGUGGAUUGCCAUUGCCAUUUUCGCCAUCACUGCCAUUGAGACGGGCCAGUUUGAGCGUGACCCUGUCAGUUUCUCCACAUUCAACGUCAUCUUCGAGGUGGUCAGUGGGUAUGGCUGUGUGGGUAUCAGUGUCGGCGUGCCGUGGAACAAUUACAGCUUUUCCGGCGCGUGGCACCUCGCGAGCAAGCUGAUCCUGUGCGCCGUUAUGCUGCGUGGGCGCCACCGCGGGCUCCCUGUCAGCAUCGACCGCGCUGUCCUGCUUCCAGACGAAAGCCUCGCCUGGGCCGAGGAGGAAGACGCCCACAUGAGAACCUCGAGCUUUUGUUCUGGAGGGGCAGUGCUCUCGAGAGCGCACACAUCUGCCAUGACCUCCAAAGAGGCCCUGGCGAGGCCCAGAACAGCCAGCUUCGGUGCGCCAGGGCCGAGCAUCUCAGCAGCUGACACGCGAGAGCGAACGAUCGAACAGGUUGCGUGA